AUGGUGGAGUCGGAUUCAGGAAGCAGUUCGGCAAGUGAAAAUGUCAAUAAAAAAGUUAAGCAGGAAGUGAAAUGCGGGGCCCAAACCACUGCAAAGCCUUACAAACCAUCGAGUGCGGAUUUUUCAAACUACUACGAGUAUUUCAUGCCAUACAAGUCGAUAUUUCUGUGGCUCAACCACUCGCAGGCACCCCAAGAUGAUUUCACAAAGCGUGAGUUUGCGUUUGAGUACAAGUCAGGAGCAUAUCAGAGAUACAACUCAGAUACUGUCGUGAAAGCUAAACCGGUGAGAUUUGAGGUAGGUGCAGUUUAUCCAGUGGCACCAAAGCUUCAUAAAACCGUGAGCAAGAGUAUAAUGAAGCCACAGAUGAAGGAAUUUGUGCUCGAUAUCGAUCUUACCGAUUACGAUGACAUCCGUACAUGCUGUUCUGGAACCAAGAUAUGCCCCAAAUGCUGGAAAUUUAUAACUCUGGCGAUUAAAAUUGUUGAUUCGGCACUCAGGGAAGACUUCGGCUUCAAAAAGUUGAUCUGGGUGUUUUCUGGAAGAAGAGGUGUCCAUUGCUGGAUUAGUGACUACCGUGUUAGAGUUUUAGACGAGUCUAGAAGGAGGGCCAUAGUUGAGUAUUUGGAUGUUCUAAACGUGAAGUCAAAGAAUAAGGCUGGUAUCUCACUCAGGAAGCCGUACCAUCCGCAUUUGGAAAGGUCAUUCAACAUAUUACGAGACAACUUUGUGGAUGUGGUGAUCCGAGAACAGGAUCCAUGGAGAUUUGAGGAUCGAUAUAAGGAGCUGGCAAGAAACAUUCCAGAUUAUCGGUUGAGUUCAGCACUCUUAAAGCAUUGGAAAGAGGAUCCAAGCAGCUCUAGUGCCACCAAAUGGAGAGACGUCGAUCGACUCUACGAUGAGAUGAAAGUCAAGUCGUUCAACUUGCAGGAUUGGAAGCGUGAGAUGAUUUUUAAGACCAUGUAUCCAAGAUUGGAUGUAGAGGUGUCCAGGCAGAUGAUUCACUUGUUGAAAUCUCCUUUCUGCAUACAUCCGGGAACUGGAAAUGUCUGUGUGCCGUUUGAUCCGACGGAAAAGGAGUUCAAUCCGUUUACAGAUGCCCCAAACCUCUCGCAAAUAUUUAAUGAGGACGAAACUGAUUGGGCCAAGACUUCACUCAAAGGACCAAUAGACUUUUUCAAUAGGUAUGUGAAUCAACUUGUUAAGGAUGAGACAAAGGAGAAACGGGAAAGGGAGGCGGAGAAAACGGAGCUUGAAUUUUAG